GUGUCCUGUCCUCCGAUUGGAGUAAGCUGUAGCGUUCAACAAAAUAUUCAGUCGUAGAGAACCAGCGACGUUACAUCCUGCCGGCAUUGCCCCCCCCCUCUCUCCCCGCGUUUAUAUGCAAAACUCUCGAUCCAAUUCAAUUCUUCAGUUUCCCAUUUCUAGAUCUCUGCCAGCCUUUUGAGAUCUCGGAAAAAGCUCAGCUCUAUCUGUCCUUUCUGGGUUCCGCUUCGGGCAUCUUCUCUUGGACUCGGGGUGUUUUUUUUUUCACCCGUGGCUUGCCAAGGCAAGUUCCGAAUAUUACGCUUACUUUUGCGGGGAAAUCCAGGCCAAUACUUGUUAUUUUUUCUCGUUUUUAUGUUUGGGUGCGUGUAUGUAUUGGUCCCUUCAAAUAGGUCGAUGUUGUUGACAGGUUAGAAGGAGGAGGAUCAAUCCGCUUCCUUCUUGUUCUCGCUAGUGACUUUCCCAGGUUAGGGAAAAUAGUGGGCGGGUGAAGGGAUGAUAGAAUGCAAAGUUUGUCACUCGAAAUUGGCAUCUCCAAAUAGCAAAACGGUCUCCAAGGCUUAUGACAGGCAUAGGAGCAUUGUCUCCUCCAAGACCCGUGUCCUCAACAUUCUUUUGGUCGUUGGAGACUGCAUCUUGGUUGGUCUGCAGAUGUGCAUCUUUCUUUCCCACUUCCUGCAGCCUAUAUUGGUUUACAUGUCCAAGGUGGAUGGGGGUUUCAAGUUUAGUCCGAUAAGUGUUAACUUUUUGACUGAGGCGGUCAAAGUUGUUUUUGCAGUUGUCAUGCUCUUAUUACAGGCACGACAUAAGAAAGUAGGCGAUAAAUCUCUUCUCUCUCUAUCAACCCUCGUACAGGCGGCUCGAAACAAUGUUCUUCUUGCUGUUCCUGCUUUCCUAUAUGCAAUUAAUAAUUAUUUGAAGUUCAUAAUGCAGCUUUAUUUUAAUCCAGCAACUGUGAAGAUGCUGAGCAACAUGAAGGUGUUGGUGAUUGCUAUAUUGCUGAAGAUAAUCAUGAGACGGCGAUUUUCCAUAAUUCAGUGGGAGGCUCUUGCUUUAUUGCUCAUUGGAAUUAGUGUGAAUCAAUUGCGGUCUCUACCUGAGGGCACCACUGCAUCGGGUUUACCUGUUGUUGCAAUGGGGGCAUACUUAUACACACUGAUUUUUGUAACUGUUCCGUCUCUAGCAUCGGUCUACAAUGAGUAUGCUUUGAAGAGCCAGUUUGAGACCAGCAUUUAUCUUCAGAAUUUGUUUCUGUAUGGGUAUGGUGCCAUAUUCAACUUCUUAGGCAUCCUUGUAACUGCCAUUUUCAAAGGUCCUGGGAGUUUGGAUAUUUUGCAAGGACAUUCGAAGGCUACAAUGCUUUUGAUUUGCAACAAUGCAGCACAGGGGAUUUUGUCAUCAUUCUUUUUCAAAUAUGCAGAUACAAUCCUGAAAAAGUAUUCAUCAACUGUCGCCACAAUUUUUACGGGAAUAGCAUCUGCAGCCCUGUUUGGCCAUACCCUGACCAUUAAUUUCAUUUUGGGAAUAUCCAUUGUGUUUAUCUCGAUGCACCAGUUCUUUUCACCUCUUGCAAAGGUUAAGGACGAACGACAAAAUCUUGGCCUGGAAACAAUGGAUAGUCAGAACAACCAAAGGUCGACGGAUGCAUCGUUCAUAAAUAUGGCUGCUGGGGCAAAUGAAGAUGCUAGUCAUGGAAUUGGACAUGAGGAAAGGGGGCCACUUCUUCCCAUCUGAAGUUGGUAGCAAUCAACACUUUUGUCUACGUAUGCUUGCAACGUGAAUUUAGUUGAAUCUGUUUCAGAAAUGCUUUUGGAGUGUACAUUCCCAGUCUUCUGGACUUGUGGGGCUGAGAAGAGCCUUUAGUUGCAAAGCAAAUAAGUAGCAUAAAAGAAAUUUUUUUUUUUUCUCUUUGCGAUUGGUUUUUCUUCAUAGCGGUCCGAAUACUCCAUCUGUGGUAUAUGGUGCAAGCCUAACUGGACCUUGUUUGAAGUAUUUGAGGUGUAUGCAUAUGUUAUUACUGUGCACAUGACAUGAGGAUGGAGGAGUCGGAGAUGGAGCUGCAUUCUGGAUUAUAUCAAUUUUGUACACAAACAGUUAUAUGAUGGGAAUUAUAGAAGAUUACUGUUAUUUUUCGAUUUUCUUAUGCGUUGGGCUUUCCUUGGAUAUAAUUAUGGACGGUGUCAGAUUGUUAUUUGUCAGAAUACAUGCAUUUUAGCUAUUACUGGGUGAAGAUGAAUUGGGCAUUGUCAGUAAAAAAGCCCAACAAGAAA